AUGACCCCACCACCAGCCAAUCAGAAGAAAUACGGCGCGCCGCUCGGGCUCAGCGAGGCGCAGAAGCGGGUGCUGGACCUGGAGAAGAGCCUGCAGUUCCUGCAGCAGCAGCACUCGGAGACGCUGGUCAAGCUCCACGAGGAGAUCGAGCACCUGAAGCGGGAGAACAAGGAUCUCCACUAUAAGCUAAUCAUGAAUCAGAAGCCGCAGAAGAAAGGCAGCAUCUCCAGUUCCAGCUUUCAGUGCAACAAGUCCAUCUCAAACACGACGGUGUCAGCCAACUCUCAGAGCAAGGCCAGGCCCCAGCCCAGCUUCUCCAAGAAGCAAGACUCGAAAGCUGACAUGCCCCAGAAGUUGGACCUGGAGGAGGAGCUGUCGGUUGCUGCCCUGCUUCACAGCAGCAAGCUGGACAAAGCCCUCGGGGUGCAGGGACUGGCCAAAGACGAAGAAGUGGAGAUUUCUAAUCCAGGGGCCACCUUGGCGGCAGGCAGUCAGCACAGGGGCAAGCAGGUACCAGGAGCCCCACCCUCCACGAGCCUGCCCCCACACCUGCGCAAGCCCGCCACGCUGCAGCAGUGCGAAGUGGUCAUCCGCCAGCUGUGGAACGCCAACCUGCUGCAGGCCCAAGAGCUGCAGCACCUGAAGGCCCUCCUGGAAGGGAGCCAGGGGCCCAAGGCGGCCCCCGAGGAGGCUGGACUGAGUUCUUCCAAGGACCAGGAGGCCCUGCACCCAGGGACCACGCAGCUCCCCAGGGUCUCCACCAAGGGCAUCUCCAAGAAAUGCCUGCUCCUGAGCCCGGUGCCUGUGGCAGAGUGUGCCAUCUUGCCUGCGCUCAAGCAGAGCCUGAGGAGUAACUUUGCUGAGCGGCAGAGGAGGCUGCAGGUGGUGCAGAGCCGGCGCCUGCACCGCUCUGUGCUCUGAGCACCCGGUGCCUGUGCGUUGGGCUGGGGCCAGGCCCGCACCGGCAGCUGCAGAUGCUCACCCUCUAGUUAGCACGUUAGCAGGAUUCUAGUACGUUCAUUCCAGAUACACAAACUUGUGGCAGAUAAAGCACUUGGUCUCAGAAUUGAGGAAUGGUUUAUUUUCUUGCCCAGUAUUUUGCUAUUCUGCAUUUACACAAACUCAUUAUUUUAAAGUAAGUGUGACCCUACCUGUUGAAGACGGGAAAUAAAGCUCGUUUCUCUCAA